UUUUGUAGAAGCAAUAGAAGAAGGAAGAAGCAGCGGAGAGGGAAAUGGCUUCGAGGUCUACUACGUCAAUGAGAUCCAUCUUCAGAAACGCUACUUCACGAAGACUGAUCUCAACCAGAGCUAAACCUUCCGUCCCAAACCCUAAUUUCACUUCCCCACGCUUCAACACUUCUUCACGAACCGAAGGUUCUGUUCCCAGGUUUCUUCGGCGACCAUUUCACAGCCUCGUUGCUGCUGCUUGCCCUGUUUCGAAACUCUUCUCCGAUGUCACCUCCUAUGAAGUGUUAGGUCGGUCAUCAUCUGUGUCUAUGUAUAUACAAUACUCAACUUCGGCUCCAACACGUUCACUUCGAAGGAGAAUCAGUAAUAGAAAGAAAAUGAGUAUGAAGCCAGUUCUUAAUGAAUCAAAGUUUCAAGAAACGAUUUCGAAGCUUCCACCAAGAUUCACCCCUGAAGAACUAGCCGAUGCUAUAACUCUUGAAGAAGACCCGUUUCUGUGUUUCCAUCUCUUUAAUUGGGCAUCGCAGCAGCCGAGAUUCAAGCAUGAGAAUUGCUCUUACCACAUCGCGAUUAGGAAGCUGGGAGCUGCAAAGAUGUACAAAGAAAUGGAUGAUAUUGUGAACCAGGUACUCUCGGUUCGUCACAUUGGCAACGAGAAUCUAUACAAUUCGAUCAUCUUCUAUUUCACGAAAGCGGGGAAGUUGAUCCGCUCGGUGAAUAUAUUCAGACACAUGGUGACUAGCAAGAACCUUGAAUGUAGACCAACGAUUAGAACAUAUCAUAUUCUCUUCAAAGCCUUGUUGGGCCGAGGUAACAAUUCUUACACAAGUCAUAUGUACAUGGAGACGGUGAGAUCUUUGUUUCGACAAAUGGUAGAUAGCGGGAUUGAACCUGACGUAUUCGCUUUGAACUGUUUGGUUAAAGGUUACGUGCUCUCGCUUCACGUCAAUGAUGCUCUUAGGAUAUUUCACCAGAUGAGUGUGGUUUACAACUGCCAGCCGAACUCGUUUACUUAUGAUUAUCUAAUACAUGGGUUAUGUGCACAAGGUAGGACUAUAAAUGGUAGAGAACUGUUUAAUGAGAUGAAAGGAAAAGGAUUUGUUCCAAAUGGGAAAUCUUAUAACUCUCUGGUAAAUGCUCUUUCGCUUAGCGGUGAGAUCGAUGAUGCAGUGAAGUGUUUGUGGGAGAUGAUUGAGAAUGGUCGUUUGGUUGAUUUUAUUACGUAUAAAACACUUGUCGAUGAGAGUUGUAGGAAUGGGAAGUACGAUGAAGCAACAAGACUGUUGGAGAUGUUGCAGGAGAAAAAGCUAGUGGAUAGAGAUUCGUAUGAGAAGCUUGUGAAUGUUCUUCACAAGGAUAUGUAGAAGAUGUACAGAAUUGUGUUUUUUAGUUGAUAUCAAAUGAACCUUAACCUCUUUAUCUGUUCAA